GUGGACAGCACUGUCCUCUCCCAUUUGCAAUUUGAGCUUUUCGAAGGAUGAGCCUCACGGAGAGUCAUGGCUUCGAACUCACGGGAACUGAUGAGCCUGAAUCUGUUCGAUUGUUGAGGUGUGAGAUUUCAAACCCAGCCCGCCAGGUUGCUCCUUGGGAGUCGAAUGUGAAGCAUUUGAGCUUUUCUGUUUUAAGUCUUAGGAAUUGUGUCAAUGGCGCUCGUUUGAUGAGAAACGGCAGCCGUGAGGACGUCGUUGCUAUUUCAAGAGCGCUCAACUGCACGACACAUCAUCUCGGAAGAAAUAGACUGUGCUAGAAUUCCUGUUAUCAUGGCGGCGUCCACUGGCGCAUUCUGUAGCUUGAGACCUUCAAAUUCUGGUCUCACUCUUCACAGUCUUGGCAGUAGCAGUCGAGUGCUCUUGUUGCAGAGGUCCUUAGCUCAAUUCAGCGACGCCAACGAGUUAGCGUCUAGUCGUCAUUGUGGGUUAAUGGAUACGCGGCUUGCAUGGAUAACAUGUCACCUGCCAGAAAGUAGUCUCUUAUGUAGGACAGGGAGGACCAUACCGAGUGGUGGUCAGAGCUUUAGGGCACAUGUGUGCACUGUGUGUGCACAAUCAGAGCACUGCCAUACAAUGCAGGGGCGAUGUCCCUGGAAGUCGUCUGUUGCGAGACUUAGAAGGAACCAAGAAUCUGUCAUUGCAAGAGCCACUUUCAAUGUUGCUUACGAAUUUGAAGAUGCCUUCAGUGCUUUUGCCUUACCCCAGGCUCCGGAUCCCGUGUUGUAUCCUCGCAAGAUGUUGAACCUAAAAUUUGCCGUUCUAUUGAUGCGGUCAGCAUACGAGGCUGUGGACGCCUUGGAUUUCAUUCCUAUGGACAAGUUUCAAGUGAAAUUUUGGAAGCUGCGGCAGAGCGAAUUGGAGCCUUACACUUUGCAAUGUCGACCUCUUCGAGUGAAAUACGGAGAUCUCACUGAUCCUUUGUACUUUGAUUUCAUCAGCUUCUCGCAGUUUGCGGCAAUCUCGAACGAAAUAAAGACCGGGGAGCUCGUCUUUCAGGAGAAGAUAGGGUCAGAUGGGGAGUCUCGCACCGUGAGAAGGGACGAGCGGCUGAAAGAUAAUGCUGCGUUACCAGCAGCCUUCGUCAAUAAAGCAGGGGACUUGCUGUAUGGAAAGUUAGUGGAUGGCUUUGAAGGCGAAAACUUUAAUGCGCCUCCUCCGGCUUCAUCAGACUUUUUAGCGGUCACGGAUGGCGUGAAGAAACUUGUGCAAGUAUUUGUAGACAAAGGAUAUGCCCUGAAGGCAAGCGUGGAACCUGUGCAAUUCUCACCUAAUAGCACAGGAGGCAAACUAAGAGUAAAGUUGGAGGGAAGUGCCACACAAUGGGGGUUGCGCGCCCUUGCCAGUCGACGUGCACUAUUAGUAAACGACUUCACAGGAUUGGCAGUAGGGGCAUAUCUGAGGGCGUGCGGUUUUUCAGCCUAUGAGAAGAUACGGUAUAGCGACACUUCUACCGAGCAGCUUUGGACGAUUGUAUGAGCAAAGGGUGGUCUCGGGUGAGAAUGUUGCGCACCCAUCCCCCUGGUUGGAUGUGACAGAGCCCUCUCACGUAGUUGGUUAGCGUAAGAAGUGAACAUCGAGCUGUGAGACGUAGCAGGACGUAGCAGGGCGAGAGAGCGAGGUUCCGUGACGCACUCAAUGGUGGUCCGACCUGAAGUAAGUGAUUGAGUUAGGGCGAUUGAGUUACAAUGAUGAAUUGAGCAAAUAAAAAGGUCACUCGUGACCAUGUUGAGGAGGAUGCACAA